UCGCCGGAGAUCGGCCAGCUCCAGCGGAAGCAGAUCGAGGAUCUGCUGCGGGACAGCGCGGGUUUGAACGCGGAGCCGUUCGGCGACGAGCGGCGCCGGCCCGGUUCGUCCGUGUCCUGGGCGUCGGCGAAGCGCGCGGGCGCGGACAUCUCGCGGCCCCACACGUCCAUGGACUACGGCGCCCAGCGGCGCCUCGGGUCCGAGGGCGACGAGCGCGAGGCGCGCGAGGAGGCGCGCAUCGCGUCGGUCCGGGGCACGCUCGAGAACUUGAGCGCGUCCAUCGCGGCGCUGUCCCUGCCGGAGGGGAGCUCGCCGGAGCCCUUCGGCCGCGAGCCGGGCCUGAGCCGGUCCGCGACGCCGAGCGAGCCGCCGCCGCCCGAGAAGGCCGCGGGCGGCGUCGCGCGCCAAUUGCGCGAGGGCGGCAGCAGCCACCACGCCGCGGGCAUGCACCAGGCGCCGCCGCCCCGGGGCCCGCCCGCGUCCCCCCACGGCAUGGCGCCCCAGGGCUACGCGGGCUACGGCUACGCGCCGCCGGACGCGUACGGCCGACCCGCGGCGAUGGUGCCCGUCGUCGGCGACGACGGCCGCGUCUACUACCAGCCCGUCGCCGCGCCGCCGCCGGACUACGGCCACUACGGCUACUCGCCGGGGGGCCACCCCUACGCGCGGCCGCCCUACGCGCCCUACGCGCCCUACCCGGGCGACCCCUACGGCGGCAGCCCGCCGGCGCACUACGGGAGCCCGCCGCCGUACCUCGUGUCGCACAGCCCGCCGGGCCGCCCGGCCUACGGCCAGGUCGCGCCGGGCUACUACCACGGCGGGUUGCACUACGGGUCGCCGCCCCACGGCUACGGCGCGCCGCCGCCGCGCGGCGGCCGGAGCCGCCGCGGCGGCCAGCGGCAGCGCGCGCGCGACGCGCGCUGCGACACGCUGAGCGGCUCCGACGACCCGAGCCCGCCGACGGCGGGCCUGUCGCCGGGCGGCGGGCCCCUGCCCAUCUUCUCCGCGACGGAUCUGAAGGGCCGCGUCGCCGUGCUCUGCCGCGACCAGCACGGGUCGCGGUUCCUCCAGGCCCACCUCGAGGACACGCGCGCGCCGUCGGCCGAGCGCGACCUCAUCUUCUCCGAGGUGCUGCCCAAGUCCCGCGAGCUCGCGACGGACGUCUUCGGCAACUACGUCGUGCAGAAGGUGCUCACGUGCGGCGACGCGGACACGAAGUCCAAGGUCUACGAGGCUUUGAAGGGCCACUGCGUCGCGUUGAGCUUGCACGUCUACGGCUGCCGCGUCGUCCAGAAGGCGCUCGACGCGCUGCCGCCGCGGGAAGCGUUGGCGGUCAUCGACGAGUUCCGCGAGUCCGUGUUGCUCUGCGUCCACGACCAGAACGGCAACCACGUCAUCCAGAAGUGCCGCGACUACGCCGCGUUCGGCGAAUCCGUCGACUUCGUGCUCGCGGCGUUCCGGGGCAACGCGCGGUCGCUGGCGACGCACUCCUACGGCUGCCGCGUGCUCCAGCGCGUGCUCGAGCACUGCGGGCCCGAGCACACGGGGCCGCUGCUGGACGAGCUCCAGCUCGCGGACCUGCCGCCGCUCAUCGAGGACCAGUACGCGAACUACGUCAUGCAGCACGCGAUCCAGUACGGCCGCCACAGCGACAAGGCGAAGCUGCUCGCCGCGGUCAAGGCCAAUCUGCUAGACUUUAGCCGCCACAAGUUCGCGUCGAACGUCGUCGAGAAGUGCCUCGACUUCGGGUCCGAGGAGACGCGGUCCGAGAUCGUCGACGCCGUCGUCGACGACGUCGGCGCGGACCACUCGCCCACGUCGGCCCUGAAGCUCCUCAUCGUCGACCCCUUCGCGAACUACGUCGUCCAGAAGGUCGUGGACCUCGCGGACGACGCGCAGGUGCGGAAGAUCGUCGACGGCCUCCGGCCGCACGUCGCGCAGAUCAAGCACACGCCGGGCAAGCACAUCCUCGCGCGCCUCGAGAAGAAGGUCCCGGGCCUCAAGUUCUAGGCGCCCAUGCACAUACACAAGAAGAAUCAGACCCACGUCCGACGCACGCGACGCACGCCGCCGGCACGACGCGCCCCGGGCCGCCCCCCGAAAACCCGCCCCCCGGCCCGGCGGUGCACCCCAUGUACUGUAGAUAGCCUCAACUCCGG